UUGCAGCAUCCAAAGCAAAAUAUCAUGAAGUCUCUGCUGGUGAUCUGUGUGGUGACCACCGUUGUGAGCUCAUCCCCAUCCAGGACAUUCACAGCUCGCAACCUGCGCUCCACAAACCUGGCCACCCAAGCAGCUCGCUCCCAGCCUCCCUCUCAAAGCCGUUAUUCCAUCAAGCCUUACGAUCACCAUGAGGCUUUCCUGGGCCCCUCCGUCCGCAAACUUUUCGACAAUGCCCAGCUUGACCGCAGCGAAGCGGUGGUGCUCGUGGGCAGCGCACUGGCGGAGCUAAUGAAGGUUUCCCUUAAGCACUCCUACGGCUCCGGAAUGCAGGAAUUCAAAGACGUCAGCCUGGCCAUGGUCGCCGCCGCCCGUCACGUGCUAGAGACUCGCGUUGCCAACGGAAUUCACGUUUCUGAGGAGCAGUUUGAAAAUCUGAGACGCGUCGAGGAGCGACUGCCCGCUAUCUUGAAUGUAAUCGCCGCCACCUUCGACGGAAACGAGAACACUGUGUAUUCCCUGCCAAACUUCUUCAGGACAUUCCAAUUUACUCCAGUCGAGAGGUCUAAGUUACUGGCGAGGAUUGUGCCCAGUAUGAGCAAGGCAAUAUUCCAGGCCACGGAGGGUUCCACUGCAGAGUAUUUCAGUAACGCAUUCAACGUUUUUCUUCCGGCCAUCCGGGAGUUUAUGGAGGAUCGUGUGGCCAACGGCAAGACGGUAACCCAGGAACAAAUGGCGAAGCUGGAAAGAGCCGAGAGACUUAUGCCAGCUCUCAAUCAAGCCUUUGUGACUGUCGUUCAUGACAAGUUCCUCGUCGACUUUAUGAAGAAGCUGCAGCUUGACCUUACGGAAAGAGCAAAAUAUCUUGUCAGUGGCUUCUUCGCUUCCAUGGACGCCAUCUUUAAGGACACCAACGCCUCUGUAGCUCAGAUGAUGCGGGAUGUCACUCUCGCCUACCUCCCUCCCACCCGGCAGGUCUUCGAGGACCGCCUGGCUGCGGGCAAACCCGUGACGCAAGAAGACUUAGACAACCUGGAGAGGAUGGAGAGCACCCUGCCCAUCAUCCUGGACGCCUACGUCAAGGUGGUCGACGACCUCGGCAUCCCAUAAGCUACUUGUUGCAUGAUUUUUGUCUUGGUUCUUCGUAACAUUUGAGUUAAGUACAUUUGAAAGCUGAUGAUCUUUUUAUUUUCUAGCAGCAAAAUUUGCUUCUCUCCAUAUCAAAAAUAUAUUUACUUUUAGGCAUGGGUAAACUUAAUAGUGGCGGGGCUUUCGCUUAAAAAAAUUACAGUUGUUACUAAGCAUUGUGCAAUAUUUCAAAUAAAUUUCUCAGUUGCA